UCAGUUAUUCGCAAAGCAGCUCGGAACGUCGAAUGAUACGCUGUUCACGAGUGCUCAGUGCGCCUUCGUUUGUGUCCCCGGUGUGUUAUUUUGGUGGUGUGUUGUGUUGAUUGUCUCACAGGCUGAGACACGGCUAGUGUGCUAACGGUGCAAAAGGAUAGCGGUUUCCGGUGUGUGAAUCGUGAUUUGUUUCCGGAACCGCAAAAGGAUCUCCCAACUGCGAUUAGUGAGACAGCUGAUAACGCCGAGAGAGGUGGGAGAAUCCCAUCCGAACUCGUGGCAAGUGUGAACAAAAAAAUCGGAGAGAGAACAAACCGCGGAAACUGGAGGUGUUGCCCAACCUCGAACCUUAGAAGAGGUGGAAGUGGUGGAGAAAUUGGAUUAGUUUUGCAAAAUUUGUUUACAUCGCCCGCUCGCCAGGUGGAAGGAAGGAAGGUGAACUUUCGUUUCACGUGUUUUUGUAAUUACGCCACCGUCUCCUGUCGUAGGUCUUGGAAGUGGAAGGAGAAGAAAAUGCGCCGCGCUGUUUGCGUGGAGUGAAAAAGGUGAAAAGUCCAGCUGUGACAGAGGUGAUUAGUUUGUUGUUAGUCAGGUUGGGAAGUUGAGUGCGCGGUUCCCUGCUAACAUUCGUGCAGUCAAGUGUGUGGUGCAAGUUGAAGCGGUGCUAUUGCUUCAGAACAGCUAAUAAAACCUCGAGUCUAGUGUCUCGGAUGCUGAAUUAGGUCACCCUAAGCCGACUGUCAUCCACUUUUGCCCCGAGAGCAUCACAACAAAAACAAUAAUGACGAAAACAACGCUGGCAGCAGCAGGUUUCGCGGAUGACCUAAUGCCAUCAUCAGCAGUAGCAGUAGCAGCAGCGCCUACUCCUUCUUGGUGCAAGGUCAACUGAAUCAACCCCUUUUUUUCGAGAGGGAAGAUCCGAGAGAGAAAAGGGUGAGAGAGCGUGCCGCGCGUGAAGCAUCUGUGCAAGAAACUGAACUCAUCUCGCGGUGGCCUCUGAGAGGAAACGCUGAGUUGGAUUGGUCGUGUGUGCUCGUGUAUGCAAUCGAUGUGCGGGGGUGCUAAGUUCUAGUAACUUUUUCGUGUUCUAUUUAUUCCUGCCCGCUUGGGAUAGGGGGUAAAACUCACUCAGAACUGAGCUACAGUGAGUUGGGAGAGUGAACAGUGAACUGAGAGAGGGAGAGUGCACUUUCGGAGAGUGGUGCAUUUGGUGGUGCAACUGCGCGCAGUGCACCGUGAAAACAACCCCCCUCGUUUCUGCGGGAGCUGAACUAGUAGUGAGUGCAUCGCACGGUUUGCUCUAGUGCGGAAGAGGAACACCAAGCCAGGAACGGAAACAGGAAGCACGAGGGUGGUUCUGCUGUGACGCGAGGGAGGUGUAACCAUAGAGCGCAGCCAAAAUGCUCUCCUAUAUGCUGCCAGUUGAGGAAAAAUCGCCCUCAGUGACGGCGGCCAAUGCUGCUGCUGCGGCGCGAAAUUUGAGUCUUAAUUUGAACAGCACCACCACGGGCAAUUGCAGUCCCGGGCCGAAUGCCGGAAGUUCCAAACUGUUGAGAUCGGAGUGCUCUAAUGGGGCCAACGGUGCCGUGGGAAGCCGUCCCCUGUCCGGGGGAGUGACCACCACUGGGAAAGUGAUCAAAUCGGCCAUCAAAACAAACCAUCGCUAUCAUCUGGUGUCGUGCAGCAGCAGUCAUCUGCCGGAGGAGAACCAGGGGAGAAAAAAGUUCGGCAAACGCAACGGCAGCAAGGGAGGGGAGGACAACGAUUCGGUGCGUCACAACGGUGCUUCGAACGGGUCCGACGAGUUGAGUGAUGAGCAUACGAGCCUGCUAGGCGGGGGAUCCAAGAGUGUGAAGAGUGAUAAAAAUUUCAACAAUCUAAUCCUGGUCAACGGGAACGGGAAUGUGAAUGGGAAGCUCGCGAGUGUGUUGAAGAAUUCAUCGCUGAAGAAUGGUGGUGGAGGUGGUGGCGGUAGCGUAGGUAACGGUGGCAUUGUGGGUAAUGGUGGUGGCCUCGGUAAUGGCAUCAACGGGGGCGGUCCCCUCAAGGUGGUCACCGCAAGCCACGGCCACAAUGGCUACAGUGCGGUGAACAACUGUGAAUAUGACGACGAAGACGAAAACGAAGAAGUCGAAGAAGAGUUUGAUCUGGUCGCGGCAAACAAUCGCAAGAAUAUUCAGCAGCAGCAACAGAAUCAGCAGACGACGAUCAACAUGAGUACCAGUGCUAGUGUAACGCGGAACCUGAACGGAAUCAAUGGUAACCAGCGGGAGCUCCCGCAGCAGCAGUCCUCCGUGGAGACGCCCAGCAGUGGUAUCAUCGUGGACACCAGCGAUGCCGACUCGGAGCAGACGGCCGUCAGUGGUGGAGGCGGCGACGGGGGCUCCACCGGGGGCGGCGGCAAGAAGGUUAAAAUGAACAAACUCGGCGGGAGCAAGAAUGUGACGCUCAAGAGGGUCUCAUUUGGCUCCUCCAAGGGUUCCAUGGUGGAGACGUUGGUCUUCGAGACCCCGACGCCCCUGCCGGAGCACGCCGAGCGGGAGUUUUUCCACUCACCGGCGGUACUGGCCGGCGCUGGCACCACCGUAAACAACGUCCACCACUAUCACCAUCUUCCCCACUAUCACCAUCCGCCGCCGCAUCACCACCAGUCCCACUCCCACUCCCACCACCAGCAUAAUCAGCAUCAGUCGGAUGGCAGCGGCAGCAGCCUGGUAGGAUUGGACGACAGCGGCAUCGAGCUGCAGGAAGAAGUGGAGCGUUCCAAGGUACGCGUAUCGUUCUUCCAGAGCAGUAAACCCCAAUCGAUAAGCCCGCCCGAAUCGCUUAUCUUCGGCGGUCAGAAUCUGAUCCACUUUGGCAGUGGCGGCGGCGGAGGAGGCGGUGGGUAUGAUAACAACAACUCCCUGCUAGACUCGUCCUACAUCACCUCGGCGGCGCUUAAUCAGCAGUACGACUCGUUGCUGGUCGGACACAACAACCUCUCGUACAAUCCGGACGAUCCCGCAAGCAUGGCGGCUGUUCUCGCGUACGACCGACAGAUGAGCACUGAAUCCGGCUGGGACAAUCCUUUCCGACCGGGUGGAGACCUUUCGCGGGAAGCGGACGAAAUUGUCAAUCUUAUCAAAGGUGGCAAACCGAUAACGCCAACCGGCGACCAGAGCCUAUUGAAUGGCAGCGCACCGAAGGACAGCAGUCACCCGGUGGAAAACGGCGGCACCACCGUUGUAGAUGGCGUAGCGACUAAGCUUGAGUCCACGCAGCUACAGAGCUCGCAGCCGAACGGUACAAAAUCUCCCCAGAAGGAUGGUCCCGAUGCGACCACAACAACAGUUGGCGGCAACGCCAUUCCGACGCCACAAAAAAAUGGCACAGCACCGACUCAGCAGCAGCAGCAACAGCAAAAUGCUACGAGUCAGCCACAAACCAAGGCGAAUCAGACCCAGAUUAGCAACCAGGUGAUACCGGGGCCCCAAUCCGCCUCCCAUGUGGUCAUCGACGAGAAAAAGAAGAAAAAAUGCGCCUGCUGUGUAAUACAGUAAUCCACCCACACAAACACACACACACACACACACACGACACAAACACACACACACGCAUACGCAGCAGAUAGAUUCACACACAAACACACGCGUGCGCGAACGCUCGGGCGGAAAGCGAUCCUGUUUUUCAGGAUUAAUUGUUUCUUUUUUGUCUCUUUAGUUUUUAUCGGUACUCGGCUAGGGAAGUACCAUUUGUUUUCAUUUUUUUUCUGUUUUUGGUCGAUAAGUUUUUAACGUUAUAUGACUUGAUUUUUAAACACACAUUCUCAUUAGUAACUGACGCGAAACAUGAGAUGAGGUUUAGAUAAGAGCAAAAGAUGGUCAGAGAUAUAUUGUGAGAGUGAAGAAAAAAGUAUAUCAUUAUUUUAUACCUAGGUAUAUGUGUAUAUCUAAAUUAUUUUAGUGCAGCAAGGAACAGGAAAGUGUAUAACGCAAAGAAUGAAAUGAGUGGAAAUGAAACAAACGGAAGUGAGCGAAAGAAAGUGAGAAAGAGAGAUAGAGAGAGAGAGAGAGCAGUAUAGGGGAGGAAAAAUAUUUAUCUCUGUGUAUUUGUAAAACCUAUGUAAUAAUUAAUUGUAAAUUAGGACAAACGACAUUUCGAAGUGUUGGCAGUUUCCCGAAUCCCCCUCUCCACUUGAUCACCCUCGAUCCUAACGGGGGAUGAAUGGUUACGGUUGCGAGAGCAGGGUUUUCGGGGACGGAAAUAAUGUUUUAUAUGUAUGGUAGGAUUUUCAAUUAACGAACUCAGUUUCUUCGUCACUAUUAUUAUUUAUGAUAAACCUAUGUGUAUUUGAAACAAACUCAGCACGAGACAAAUUGCGAGCAGGAGGGGACAAAUCAUGCGGGACGUGAGAAUCGGGUGUGGAGAAAAACACGACCGCAUGUUGGGGUCAUUCGGUGGCGGUUGUUCUCGAGCGGAAAUUAGCUUCGAUACCGGGAAGAUGGAAUUCAGAGACAACAACAAGGAACAUUCACUCUCCAUGCGACUCUCGUUUAGACAGAGAGUUGCUCUGUGAGCAGCUUCAAGAUUUGGAAACACAAAGGAGACGCAAGAGAGCGUGCAUCGGAUCGGUAUAACGAGGCUAGGAUUAUCGGACGAGGAAACUCAGGCGUGUUGUAGUAAUUGGUAACUUAUUCUACAAUUGUGCAGUCACAUUGUGGCAAGCAUAGUUUCAAGGUUAUCUGGAGUUCGAGUCAAUGUUGAUUGUCAGGAAUCACGCGGUAAUUUUUAGGGUUUGUUUGGAUCCCAAAAUUGAAACACCCUAUGUAAAAAAUCUAGUAUUAACGCCUUAACCUACGAUUUGAUGUCCAAAAGAGCGGAUUAAACACAGACGCUUCGGUCGGUCACGCAUAGAGCUAUUCUGAUGUCGCACUGAACCUCAUAGCGGCCUAUGACAUCCAAAUGCACGUAGCUCGGAGAUUCCGGUCAUAUGUUUCUCCUCUACACCUGAUUGGUUUCACCCGAUCCAACGUAAGAGUCUCCCGGUAACGUUUGAGUGCGAUAUCUACAGUCGAUUUUGGAAAUUUCAGAAUUUUUGGGAUCUCUCCUUCUGACCAUGUAGGGUUCUCAACGUGAAUUUUUGCAAAACUUUUUCCCGCCUUUCGCGUUCCAUAACUUUUUAAUGUAUCCUUCAAUCUUGAUGAAAUUUUCACUACUGAAUGAACAAACCAACCAGAUCAAAACACUGUCAAUAGUUUCUCGAUGUGACAACUAGGGGCGCUGCAGUGAGUAAAAAUAUGCGACCAAAUUCGGAAACUGAAACACACUUUAUGUAUCAGAGUCGGUAUAUGCUACGCAAAUGUCUAUACCUUGCUUGUAGCCACGCCAUCUCACCAUCUCAUUCAUUAGCCAAUACUCACUUGGUAGCGGGAUUGAAGCCACUGAUGUUUUUGGUUGGAGGGAGGAACUUUUCCAGGUCAUAUUUCAAAAACCACUCUAAAACAUUCUUGAUUGAAGCUGGCUACGCAGGCCGUUAGUUAAUGAGCGGAACCGGUUUCGGAUUUAGCAAUUAGAACUGGAACAGGGAAGGCGGCCAUCUAAUGAACGGAACAGAUUGUUCAAGGUGUUACCUGGACAUUGGAAGACUCCCACAAUUUUCAAUCUAACACGAUGGAAAAUCAAUCUUCUUUUCCUUAAACCUCCUUUAUUCCUUGAACACAUCACUUCUUCUUGAAUGGCGUUCACGUUCCCUGUGGAACUUUUGUCGUCUCAACGUAUGCAUUAACUAGCGUCAUUUAGUAAUACUAAGUUGAGAUUUCUUCAGCCAAAUAACACGCCUUGAAUGUAUUCCGAGGGGCAAGCUCUAGAAUACGCGUGACCACAGUGCAAGUCGAAGGAAAUUUCUUUGACGAAAAAUCUCUCCGACCAGAACGGGGCUCGAACCCGAACACCCGGCAUGAUAAUGUGAGACGCUAACCACUCGGCCACGGGUCCACACAUUGAACACAUCACAUGGAAUAUUGAAACGCUUGGAUGUUGAAUUAAAGCCUAUCCACGUUAAAUUUCAGACACCAAGAUGAUGUCAGUAAAACGAAAAUUCAAGUAAUACAACAAAAUCGAUUGUUUAUUUCACUAAAAUAGACUUAUAUCUGAAACAAGGAAAGCUUACUUCGAUGUUAAUUACGUUGUCUGUAAAAUUCACGAACUUUCUUGGGAACAUCUGCCAUUAGGUUCCGUACAGUAUCCUCAGAUAUGCUGGCGGCGGCGCUUUUCCAUCUCCUCUUGAAAUCAUUAAUGCCAUUCGUUUUCUUCUUAGUUUCGAAUAGUUUUCGCUUAAUCAGAGCCCAGUACUUUUCCACUGGGCGAAGUUAUGGAUAGUUCGGUGGAUUUGCUGUUUUUGGCACAUAUUUAACCUCAUGUGCAUUAUACCAUUCCAGGAUGGAUUUAGCAUAGUGACAAGAGGUCAAAUCUGACCAAAACAACGCUGGACAGCCGUGGUUUCUUAUGAAUGGUAGCAACCGCUUCUGGAGACAUUCCUUCUCAUAGACAUCUUUGUUGAUAGUGCCGGUAGAGACGAAAGAUUUGGAUUUUCGCCCACAACUGCAUAUCGCCUUUCAAACCAAGUACUUUUUGGGGAAUUUCGACUGCUUCUUGGUCCGGAAAUACUCGGCUACGGCAUUCCUUCUCAUUGCAAAAUAAAAAGCGAGACCCGGAAGCUGUUUGAGGUCUUCGAGAACAUCAGUUUCAUCGUCCAUUAUGGUGCGUGAACAUUUUUGCAAAAACUGGGUGUAAAGCAUCUUAGCACGGCUUUUUGCAGUGAAAUUUUGCUUAUCAUCAAGUUUGGGCACCUUUUUCACAUUGUACGCCUCCAGUCCAUGCCUCUGCUUCACUUUUUGUACAUAUGAUUUUGAUUUUCCAACCUUUCGAGCCACAUUUCCAACUGAAAGGUUGGGAUGUUUCUCAAUAAUGGCAACCACCUUUCAGUCCAUCUGUCGGGAGCAUACUUUUCGAUUUGUUCCGCUUCCAACCUUCCGAUCCACAGUUAAGCGCUGGUCAAACGAUUUGCACACACUAAACACGGUACUCUUCGGCAGUUUUAGCUAUUUGGUAAGAUCGCGUACCGACAGUGUUGGAUUUUGCUGCCGUUCGCGCAAAAUGCGUUUGCGUACUUCCACUUGAUUCGACGCUGUUUUACCAAACUGAAGAAGAAUGUAAACAUGUUGGACAUCGAAAUAAAGAGGAGGGUUUCAGCUGUCAUGUAAGUGAAAUAUUUCAUUGAUUAGUGAAAUAUUUCAUAAAAUACACUGAAAGAAAAGUGUCCGAAAUUUAACGUGGACAGGCUUUACUUACAGCUUCUAAACGGGGUUUCCCCCUUUAAUAUGAAUGGGGGGAAAUUAUGCUGACAAAUCAUCCUUCCUGUUAUAUUUGUUUUACGCUGUUACCUUGCGGAUGUUGUUCGGUUAGCACGGAACCAAAUAUAACUUUCAAAGUUGUUAUGACGGGGAAGCCUGACACUAGUUAUUUGGUUGGCAUGGAAGCAAAUACUAUUUCAAUUUUGUUGCGACAACGACGUGGUCUGCUGCGAUGUUUUUCUGACGCGAGCAGAUACCAUAAUCAAGAUUCGAAUAUCAUUAUUUUCAUUCCACCAUUCACUGUACCCAUGUUUUAUCCAUAACGGGUGGCAUCUUUGGUGUGACGUAGGACAGCGUAACAUAUUUUGGUGGUGUAAGAUAGACAUGGAGCGGUGAAAGUGCAACGUUUAGUUAUAAACCGGCUGCGAUUUGCAGACAUUGGCACAAGCACUAACUUCGUGUGUCUCCUUCAAUAUGGUCCUGUGGAUGAAUUGGCCCAUUUUAGCAUCUUCAAGUAGACAACACAACUAAAUGCAAAACAAACAUUUGUUCAUGUGAGUGUUUUCAUUCCAUUGUAAAAGUGUCCUAUGGUCAGAAUAUCGUGUAACUAAAGAUCGGAAGUUUGUCCAAUGAAUUGAGUUCCUAGAAACUUUAUAAAAAAAAUACCAUCGCGAGGACACAACUGGUUUAACCGUUGGGUAUUGACAGCUUUGUGAAGACGACUGACCGCUGGCAUUCGAACCAGGCUCGACUCGAUCAAAAUUAGUCGAAUGCUGAACAUAGCCCGAUGUAAUAGUAAUCGUAAUCAAAUCGAACGCUCGAUGGGAAUUGAGUAAUAGGGCCCAUUGUUACUGAAAAUACACUGUUUUUCACUUUAAAUUGCGUCGAUAUGAAUUUUGUUCGUUAGCUCUAUUUUGCUAUUAUGAAUACCGAGUGAAACCUAUCGGUACAGUUGUCAUUGUCUAUCGAGUUGUUUGGUUUACUUGUUGUAUGAUUUCAGAGAAUGAGUUUGCUUUGGUUUGCGUCCCUUUCGAUUUACAAAAUGCGAAAUUUUGCUCGAUGUGAUAGUGAUAGUGCUGGUCGAUUCUUAUCGAUUCGAUUUACAUAACAGGGUCCGAUAUCUACGCUCUUCACACUUUGAGUGCUGUUUAGUCAUGAAUUCUAUUGCAGUUUACGGACCAAAAGAAUACGUUGUAAGAGAGUGGAAUUUUCAGAAGUAGUUCUCACCCCAUGAUCCAUGUUUUUUUUAAUACAUGUACAGAAUAAGUGUGCCCCUUUUGAGAUUAUCAUGCUCGAAGGCGGUUGUAAUUUUUGAAAAAUUAAAUGACAAUUGUUUGUUUACGUGCUCAGAUCACAUAGUCCUGAUCCUCUUAGAAUUAUUACAAAAUUAUUUGCAAUUAAUACGUAAUUAUUUGCAUUCAAUAUGGAAUGCAUAUUGAAGAAACAAAACAAUGUUCAAAGUACUCACGGUUGCAUGAUAAUUUGAGCCGGAAUUCUCAUGAAAUCAUUCAACUGUUUGUUUUUUAACAGAUGUCAAUUGUAUUGUGGCUCAUUUCGGUUAUUUAUGUAGUAAAAAGGUCCAGAGAACAGUUCUAUAUUUAGUUCUCGAAAACAGUAACAUUUUCAGUUGAAUUUUUAUUGAUUGGCGAUUAUUUUCUCACAACACACACACCGACACUGAGAGCCUUCCAAGCAUCAACUUCGUAACGUUAAAAUAAUGAAAGUUCAUUAAUUUCUAUGAACGAUUGAAAAUGGCGAGAACUCUGAUAAAAUGUACGUUUUUAAUUGAUAAAACACUUCCUGAAAAUAGCAUUUUCACAUGGAUGUGAUAGGCAAUCAAAGAUAAACACAACGACUGACAAAUAGUUAUGGCAGCGCAUGCUAUGUCGCUUGAAAAACCACCAUCUUCGUUACCUUUUUUCCAGGACAUUGGGUUGCUACGAUGAGUUCGGAAAUGCGGCCAUGACGGUAACUGCCAAUGCGCAGGGUUGUCGUGUAUAGUCAGCACAAGGCACACUGCCUCGAGCAGCUCAGUUCGUAUCACACACUUGAUGAAAGUGUCCAGAUGUCGUUUCUCAGGCUUGACAUUCACCGUUGCGCAGUACACUCUGUGACUUAUCAAGUCCUUUAACGGUUAGAAGCGUAUUCUUCGGAAAAUUUUGUGUUAAUUUAUCCACCAGAGACAGAAAAAUGUAAUACAAUGAAAUAACAAGGCAGGUGAAAUUUCGGUAACAAUCAUUCAAAGAAAAGAGCAGAACUCGUGAAAUUACUUCUGUGAAAUAAAUGAACACGUUCAUUGAAAAAAUGAAGACACACAAGAUGGGUUCGAUUCUCUUGAACAGACAUGUUUUGAUACUGCUGUUAACCAAGAUGUACGUACGGAAGGUACGCACAAGAAGAUGAAGACAAUACCGACAGAAGAAACAAUGGAGAGGUACGCUUUGCACCGUUCCAUAAUUUAGCCAAGACCCUCGCGGCCUCCCUGCUGGCCGCGGAUCACUGGUUUGGGUUCGUUGCCCUAGAAGGUUAACGAGUUGUCACAAGCUUACUUUCAAGGAGAUGAACAAAAUCGGUUGUAGUGCAGAUGUUUGUGAGAAUCCAUCAGAACUUAUUGUCGGUGAAACACCAGUGGACACAGUAGGCUAGAUCAAGUAGCUCACGGUUCACGAUAAACGAGUGCAACAACGCGAACCUUAAAUCAGUUUGGAAGUUGUGGGAGAUAGCAAUAUAAAACCAUUGGAAAUACUAAUGUUUCAGAUUCGUUGAAAUUUCGUUGAGUCGAAUUAUCUGUGACAUAGCUUUAACUGCUGAAAAGCUUUGUAUUCCCUCUCUACGAUAGAAAAGAAAACCGGAAGAGAGCAGUUAUACUGAGAGCGUAUCUCGCAUGCAUGCUUGCAAGUGGAUUGUUGGUUAUUUAGUUAGUUGGUUGGUUAAGGCGGGAUUUCACGGGAUUCACCUAUCAUGUUGAAUAGGUCCGCCUUUAGAGUGGUCGAUUUUCUGAAGAAAAAAAAAUAUUUUAGUUGCGACAGUCACAGUCACAGUCACGAAAAACUAGAUAACGCCGAUAACGCCUCAUCAAACCGCCCGUUUACUCACACUAAAAGCCGGCAACGAAUGACCAUGGCGUUUGCACCGGAAAAAACGUUCUUUGGGAAGUUGCUCUCACCAAAGUGUCCCACGCGCAAUAUUUGUUUCCAAGUGAACCUUCCCGCUGUCCGGGAUUGUGAAAAGCUUAGUUGUUGAGAAUCAUUGUACACACAGUUAUUUUAGAGAGGGACAGAUACACUAUCACAUCAUCACUUUUGCUACUAAGUUCCCCUUGCUUGAGGUUCGCAAUGGGAAAGCGUAGAAUUAUCCCCACUUUUCCCUUAUUUUUUCGUAGAACCUGUGUAUAUUGUUUUAAUCGAAAGUGAAUGGAUGUAAAGAAAACUCAUUAGGAUUCAUUAGGGAGCAGCGACACUCAGAGAGAGAGAGAGAGAGAGAGAAAAAAUCAUUCUCACUGCUUCGUGCCGACAGUGAGGAUGGAAACAGGAAAGGGACAAACUUAGCCACACUCACAGCAGGCACAGCAACCGCGAAAAAAAACCUUAACAGAAAGAGCGUAAACCUACAUAUACAGAACCACGUGAUUGUUAGUUGAAGCAAAACAAAAAAAAAACAAAUAGAAAAGUCUAAAAUGUGUUAAAGUGUUGAAACAAGUUGAAGAAGAGAAAAUAUGAAACAAGCAUGUGCUUUAUGUGCUACUACAAAUAAAUAUUGGAUGAUACAACUGAGCAGAACACACAAAAAAAAAGAAUCAAUACCACGCGCAGCCCGCACGCCACUUCGCUCUCUCGCAUUCGAAACAAAAAGCAACAAUAGCCGGAAUCGGUAGCGAACAUACGAAAAUCAUAUUAACAUUGAAAAAAAAAACAAACCGGCAACUCACCUGACCACUGCGAAACAAAACAAAACCUAAACGAUAUUUGAGACACACAAUACUAAACUAAAGAUAUUCCGAUAACGAAAAUGGGAGACAACAACAACAACAACAAGAAAAAAAACAGCAAAGUAGCAGAGGCAAACUUUUGUUUCUUCAAGUUAGAAUUACUAAAGUUAAGCGUAUUCUAAACGAACAUCAGCGAUUACUACUAUUAUUCAGUGCAUGAAAAUACAAAACAAACAAAAAAAAGUGAAGAAUCACAUGUUUUCAGAUGCAGAAGAGUAAAAAAACUAUAUAUAUAUAUAUAUAUAUAUAUAUAUAUAUAUAUAUAUGAUGAAUCAAAAAAAAAACUCUACAUACACACACACACACAUCGUCGUCGACAAUUUCAAAUGAGCAUAUGAGCAGAGAGAGGGAUGUGCAAAACAACACAAAGCAUAAACAAAGAACCUAUUUAAGAGCAUGUAUUAGAUCAUAUUUAUUAUCUGAAAAAGAAGAAUACAGAACAAAAAAGUAAACGUAUAUAUUUUCGUACUAAACAAACACACACACACGCGCGCAGGCCAGACGGAAGAGCUAAAGUGCUAAAGUGCGAGUCGAAGUCGAAGAAAAGCGUGGCAAUAUAGAGGACACCUCGCGGUGUCUUCCCGUGUUCCAAAAAGAAAAAAGAAAAAAUUGGAAGUGAGAGCAAGAGAUCCUAGGAGUAGCAGCAGAUCCCAGCCUCGUAUGUACAGAUUGAGUUGAGUAAAUGGUUAGAAUAGUAGAAAAGAUUGGAUCCCAGUUGCUAGUUUCGGGUUUGGCGCGAGCGGCGGACAGAUAGAUGAUGUUCGGCGGAAAUGCCAGCAACAUUUGUUGGAAUUCCAAGGAAAGACACGGUCGACUUUUUGUUAGUGUCUUUGAGGAGCGGCACGUUUGUGGACACAGCUCGGGCGGGGCCGCCAUUGACAGGCGGCGGACAGAAGAUAGAAACCUAAACGUUUUAAGCCAGAAGUAAAAUGGUGAUCAAGAACGAUAUGAAGAAAUCUGAAAGAAAUAAAACAAAAUGAAAAAUUCAA